CGGGCCAAUGGUCGCAGGCCGCGGUGACGCGCAGCCUAUCAGCUUCCGCGUUCGGGCCGGCCGGAGCCCGCUGGGUGGGGGGCGAGGGCGUAGGAGCCCACGCUUCCCACGCCCUAGCCCGCCCGCCCCAAGGGUCCCCCCGGGUCCGCGGGGCCCGGGUCCGCCGCCCUGCAGGGGACCCGAUGGCCUCGGAAAGCCCGGAGGGGGAGCUGGUGGCCGUGCUGGGGGGCCAGGGGCUGCACGUGCAGCGCUGUGACUCGGAGCCAGCCGGCGAGCCUCGGGCGCCCGUGCGGCUGCGGAGGGACGUCUGCUACGUGGUGCUGGCCGUGUUCCUCAACGAGCAGGAUGAGGUGCUGCUGAUCCAGGAGGCUAAGAGGGAGUGCCGGGGGUCAUGGUACCUUCCUGCAGGGCGAAUGGAGCCUGGGGAGACCAUCGUGGAGGCGCUGCGGCGGGAGGUGAGGGAGGAGGCCGGGCUGCUCUGUGAGCCUGUGACGCUGCUCUCCUUGGAGGAGCGGGGUCCUUCCUGGAUCCGCUUCGUGUUCCUCGCUCGCCCCACAGGUGGAAUUCUCAAGACUGUCAAGGAGGCGGAUGCGGAGUCCCUGCAGGCUGGCUGGUACCCGAGGACCUCCCUGCCCAGUCCGCUUCGAGCCCAUGACAUUUUGCACCUGAUUGAGCUGGCCGCCCAGUACCGCCAGCAGGCCGGGCACCCUCUGGUCCUGCCCCACGAACUGCCCUGUAGUCUGGUCUGCCUGCGGCUCGUGACCACUUUUGCCAGCAUCCAGACUGUGUGGGUGCUGGUGGGCAUGGCGGGGAUGCCACACUUGCCCAUUACCGCCUGUGGCUUUACCCCCAUGGAACAGAGGGGUGGCAUCAAGGUGGCCAUCCUGCGGCUGCUGCAGGAGUGUCUGACCCUUCACAAUUUGACAGUGGAGACCAAGGGGUUGCUUGGAUUGCAGCACCUGGGCAGAGACCAAACAGAUGGCAUCUGCCUCAAUGUCCUGGUGACAGUGGCUUUUCGGAACCUGGGAAGCCAAGAUGAGCCCCCUAAGGUUCGGGGUGAGAACUACUCAUGGUGGAAGGUGAUGCAGGGAGACCUACGGAGCCAGCUCCUCCAGAGGCUCCAGGAAUCUUCUGUGGUCCCUGUGAACAGAUAGGGAGGGGCCAGCAGGCGCCCGGAGCUGGGCAGCUGUGUCCCCUCCACGGGACUCUGCCUCCCUCUGAGGUGGCAGGAGGCUGGCAGUCAGGGAUCUUGGUGUGCAGGGUGCAGGGUUGGUUCUCCUGGUCACAGCGAGACUUCAUGCAGCCGACCCCCACCUUGCACCAAAAGAACAGUGCCUUUAACUGAGCAAGGAGCACAGAGCUCAAGGGCCCAGCUGCCUUGAGAGCACAUGGAUCCAGGAGCUUUCUGAACCCCUUGCCCAGCACACUGAAGACCUGCAUGCUGAUCCUUUUGGACUCAGAACUUGGAAGGGAGGCCUUGUGCUGAGUAAACAGUGUUGCUUGCCCUUCCCUUCUUGCCUAAAUGUCAGGAAAAGUGUGGGGCUCUUGCUGGAACCGCAGCUCCCUGUCACACCAGCAGCUGCCCAGGGCUUUCCUGACAGCUGUGACACUGCUGUCCACUGCAGCCGCAGCCCCCAGGCUGUCUGUAGGCGGCAGGUAGCUGUCAGAGAACCAGGUCCCUAAUGGAAGCAGCUCAGACCCCCAGGCCUGCGCAGUGGGGAUUCCGGGAAGCUGCAGACAGGACAGAACCCAGACAUGUUUCUUUCCCUCCAGCUUCUAGGCUCGGAUCCCUGCCCGCUGCUCUCCUGCCUCUGCCUUUAUACUUCCAGCCCAAGCCGGACUAAACCUUUCACUUCCCCUCAGCUCAGCAGAGUCAUACAGUUUUAAUUUUUUUAAUAAAAGAACUUAGUGGAAAACCAAAGUUGAUGAGCAAAUAAAGUGUAUCACGUGCAAAUCA